AAUUUAACAUUCAGAGGUGGGCUGAUUUGGACAGGAUUUCUCUUGCGGCACUCUCAUGACGUCACAUACCUGAUGUCAGUAGUUUUAGGCCGCUUCCGAGUCACCUUUUGCCUCUGUGUCAAAACGAGUCUUCGUGGGAAACCAUUCGUAUGGAAAUUUGUUUCGCCUACAGGUUCAUUUUCAUUUUCAUAUGAAAGGUUUUGCACAAAGACUCGUUUUGAAACAGAGGCACAAGAUAACUCGGAAAUUGCGUUUUUGAGUAUGUCAUGUUUUACUUGAAAUUGGCUAAAAAAAGAGUACAAGAGCACAAACAUAGGGCGCUUUCAAUUCGAUGAAAAAUUACAGUUUGAAUUUCUGGAAAUUUCCAGUGACCAAUGGAACAGCAUUUUCAGGAAUUUCCAGAAUAGGGAAGAACCUUGGGAGAUACAACGAAAUUUUCGGAAAUUUCUUACCUGGAAUUUCUGUUCAAUUGAAUGGUUCGCUUUUCGAAAAUUCAGCAAUUCCUGAGUUUCUUGAAACUUUUGCAGGAAAUUUGCAUACCAUUUUCCCCCGCUUGUAAAUUUACGGUUGAAUGUAUGGAAAGCGUCCAUAGUUCCCCAAGUAAUGUUUCAAGGAAAUUCAAAUUCCUUACAAGAGCAAUAGGUAGCGACAGUCCUCUUUCGUCCGAACCAGAAGCUUAUCACUCGGAAAUUGAUAAGGUGAUAAGCUUCUGUCCGAACCUAUGGUUAAUUUAACUUUUCCUUUAGUCAAAUUUUUACCUCGCGCGAAAAACUCCCUGGCGUCCUCGCCCUUAGCGUCCGUGUCUGAAUUCAGCGAAAUAAGUGUAGGUAAUCAAAUGGUGACGAGUGAAAUAAGGAAAUAAUUGCACCCGCGUUUUGUCAAAAUUUCCCGAGUCUUUGAAAUUAUUUCCUAAUUUCACGAGUAUACCAUUUGAUUACGUUUUAAUAUUGUGGAUAACAAAUUACCCUUACGAUCGAGGGCUUUUGACUUGUUUACAGUAUCAAGAAAUUUCGGGUUAAACGUUGCCGUGGCAAUUUCAUAAUUUCAUAUGGGAAAUUAUAAGUUGGCGCUAAAAUUCCGUGCCAUGAUCUUCCGCGCUUCCAGAAUGAGCCUGGGGACUACGAGGGCAAUUAACGUGCGCUUAUAUGGCCCAGUACUAAGCUGACUCCCUUUGACUGAAGGCUCAGGCGAACAAAUCCAACAUGGCGGAGCACAUGAUGGCAUCUAUUGCGACGGCUAUUGCAAUUAUUGCAGAAGGAUGACUGCCUUAAAACAUUUUGUAGUUUUCUUCUGUUAGGAAUAUUUUGAGAGACAUUGCAGUUUUCCGGCGGAUAAGUGGAAGAUUAAAAAAUGUCUUCCAGUGGAGUUGGAAAUGGCGUCAAAGUAAUCGAGGGAAAAGCAGAAAUAUUAUUUCCUGAUUCAAAUUCUGUCUUCUACAACCCCGUUCAAGAAUUUAACAGAGACUUAAGUACAGCAGUGAUCAAGCUGUUUUCGCAGGAACUUUCAAGUGGCAGGAGGAAAUGUAAACUAAAGGAAAGAGCUGGUGUCAAGGAUGAAGUUGGCGUCGAAAGAAAUUCCAACGAGUGUUGCAAAGAAGAUUCUAAUCAUGAAGGUGUAAACAAGGGCUUGCAUACAGCAGAACCGAGUGGACAGAACGAACAACAAACAGAUGAUGAUGGAAUCACUAUUCUAGAAGGUUUGGCAGCAUCUGGUCUCCGCUCUGUGAGAUAUGCAUUGGAAAUAGCUGGUGUAAAGAAUAUAACUGCUAAUGAUAUCAGUGCUGAUGCCUACAAAAUGAUGCAGAAAAAUGUUGAGCAUAAUAAUGUGCAGGAUAUUGUGAAGCCAAGCCAAGAAGAUGCUGGAUUAUUAAUGUACAAACAUCGUCACCCGCCAUCAAGCCGCUUUGAUGCAAUUGAUCUUGAUCCUUAUGGGUCAGCAUCAACCUUUUUGGACAGUGCUGUGCAAGCUGUUUCUGAUGGUGGGAUUCUUCUAGUGACUUGCACCGACAUGGGAGUGUUGUGUGGGAAUCACAGUGAAGCUUGCUUUGGAAAAUAUGGCAGUAUGUCUUUAAAAGCAAAGUUCUGUCAUGAGAUGGCUUUGAGAUUGUUGCUAUUCUCUCUGGAAUCCCAUGCUAAUAGAUACAAGAGAUACAUCAAACCUCUUCUGAGCAUCAGUGUUGAUUUCUAUGUGCGUGUUUUUGUACAAGUUUUCACCAGUGCCUCAGAAGUCAAAAGGUCAGCAAGUAAACACAGUUUGGUUUUCUUGUGCACUGGGUGUGGGAGUUUUCAUUUUCAGCCAAUGGGGCGUCGUAUUGAGGAAGGCCUUAGUAAGAAGUACCCUCCAGCCCUGGGACCUCCUGUAGGACCCUUAUGUGACCAAUGUGGUGGAAAAUUUCACAUGGGAGGUCCCAUAUGGAAGGAGCCCAUUCACAACGCUGAAUUUAUAGAGAAACUAUUAAAGAGUGUAAAGGAACAACCUGGGUUGUUUGGGACAUCUGAGAGGAUAAUUGGAUUAUUGAGUGUCAUUCAAGAGGAGCUGGCAGACUGUCCACUGUACUACUCUGUGGACCACCUGUGUGGAGUACUUCAUUGUAACACACCCUCUCUGGUGCAGAUCAGAUCUGCAGUCAUAGAAGCUGGCUACAGAGCAUCCAGCUCACAUGCUUGUAAACAAGCACUCAAAACUGAUGCUCCUCAUAAUGUUGUAUGGGACAUCAUGAGAUGCUGGGAAAAACUUCACCCAGUGAAGAGAAAGAAUGUAAAUUCACCGGGUACAGCAAUUCUCAGCAAAGAACCUGUUAUUCAGGUGUCUUUUGAAGCCAAAUCAGGAGCAAACCCGGCUUCAAGACAGAAAAAACUUCUCAGGUACCAAGAAAAUCCUGAAGCCAACUGGGGACCUAAACCAAGGGCAAAAAGAAAGAAAGACAGUGAGACAGUUGAGGAAAAGAGGCAACGUUUACAAGGUCGGAAAGCAGAGGAAGAAGACAAAAAUUACUACAAACAAUUUCCUUGCAAGAGAUUUAAAAGUGGCAAGUGUGAUUAUGGCGAUGAUUGUAAAUAUUCUCAUGAUGUACAUCUGUACCUUGGAACACGUGACAAUCAGUGCACUGCACAGGAAGAAACUGAAGUUGAUCACAAGCAGGUACUGUCAUAAACAACUCGAUUGCUCAUGCUGGAAAUAUCAAACAAAGUGACCUGUGAAACCUCUAAAGGCUGAGUAAACCUGAAAAGUUUUGCGCAGCACCGAACAAAGAGAAAUGAUCUUGAGAUCGUGAUGCUCGUGGUGGAAUCCAGGCUUCUUCCUUACAUCUUAUAGAACUGGCCGAUUUCCGUUCCCUUCCUUUCAGUAAUCCUUCUCUGUCAAGUGAUCUCUCGUCACAAGCACACAGCUCAAUAUCAUAAAUCCAAGUAUAGACACCUCCUACACACACAACAUGAUCCUACAGCCGUGAAGUGCGCUUGUUUUUAUAUUUUUGAGUUCACAUUUAAGGUACUCUAAACUCAGUUCUUGUACUUCUGAAACAUUUGUUACUCACUGUAGUCUGAAGGACUGACUAGAGUAUAGAUAGGGACAGAGACAGUGAAACUACCCGCUAAAAUCCAAUAUAUUUUCAUUCAGACGUAUCAGGAUUGCUUGAAACAACUUAAAGGAUACUUAAGUCACGUUGUUUAUCCUUGUCCUUAAUCCAGUUUACAGACAGUGUAUUACGACGGCUUGCCGUAUCUUUUGUUAAACCAAUCUAGAGGUGGAAUGUUUGGAAACUCCAUGCCCACAGGGUGCGUCCAAAAUUUUUGCAGAACCUUUCGAUCAGGGUCAGUUCAGUUAGAAAAAAAAUCUCAAAUAAAAUAGAUUGCAAAGAACUUUUCCACGUUGUGUUGAUAAAGUGUAAUUUUCUGCUGCUGUCCUGGUGUUCCAUGCUUGUUUGCAGUAUAAACCUUGUUAAAGCUAUCGAAUAGAGCACUGUUUUCGACAGGUUUGCCACAGGUCAGGAAAUGGUCAGGGAAAUAAGGUCUUAAAAAGUCAGGGAAAAGUCAAGAAAUUUUAUUAGAGUCAAGGUAAAUUGACAUUUUGAAGAAAAAUCAGGGAAAAUUGGAACUAUAUGAUACUUUUGAAGGCUGGAAGAAAUAUUUGUGGUCACUGAUCUCAAUGAUGUUUUUCGGUUUUGAAGAGAGCCUCUUCCUGGCGUUCAGUUAGUCGGGACGCAGAGCGAAAAAUUAGGGGAGAAUCGCGCUGCACCAAGCCUCUCUCCUUUUUUCACUUCGCCGUUUUCUCGCGCUGCGCCUCAACUAACUGAACGCCUUGAAGAGACUGUAAUGAAGAAGGAAUAUUAGUUUAAAACGUAUCAGUCUUUAUGAUGAGGUGGAAAGGACGGCUAUUGAUCUUUUAGUAUCUUUGCGGUAUCUCAUUUGUUCAACAGCUGGCUUAUUAAUUCCGUUGUUUAAAUGUUUACAUUUUUCGUAAUUUUUAUACUUCAUAGAGAAGGUAGUUCUAUUAUAUUUAGACUGAGCGACUGUUUUUAUCAUUUAUAUUUAGACUAAAGAGUUAAAUAUCGCUUCAGGAUUACGCGACAUAGAAAAGACUAGCAUUAAACACAAACAAGAGUUAGUUUAUUUGAACUUUUAUAGAUUAAGCAAACAGUGUCAACACUUGCAACACGUAAAUGCUCUAAAUACUAAAAAAGUAGAUACUGUGAGCCAAAAGAGACUCCAGCCUACUAGCAAUUAUCAAGAUCAUAUUCCACUAUUAACCAUAUAUAACCAAAAUAUUCAAUUAUAAAAAUUUACUUUAUGCCACGGUAGCAGAAUUAUACAUUUACAGAUACCUGGGACAAAGAAUUCUUUAAUACAUGCUACAAAUGUCUGAAUACAAAAUUAAAGAGAUCUUAAAAUAAUUAUUAAUCCUGUAAGAUCUACACUGCAGAGGUCAAAAUAUGCUUUGAAAAUACCAUCAGUUAUAAAACCAGCAUGCAUCGUAAUAUGAGUUUUUUAAAAUUGCGCUUUAGUGAUAAAUACCGAUAAAUGUAUUUGUGAUGUUAUGUUCUGUAUUUCAUGAUACAUAAAAUGGUUACUUCCAAAUGUUAUUAAAAUAUGCAAAAUUUAAAAACAAAAUCAGUGAAACGUGUUUAUACUUAAACUAAGAAAAAUAGUUGUAAAAAAGUGAACAAAAAUCCUUUUUAGCCUGUUCCAAAGAUUCGUGUUCUUUUUCUCCCUGGGAGAUAAGAAUUUCUUCGUUCAUUCAAAGCACGAGAUGCUUAAUGCGAACCCAAACAAAUCAUUGGAAACUGG